UAGAUUGAUUAAAAUAUAGUCACAUACAUUACUUUAAAAAGUCAAAAUUUAAAUAAACGUACUAAAGAUUUCGGAAUUAGGAUUGUCAAACCUAUAUUAGCACCAGUUUUUGCAUCAACAUUUUUUUCAAUUGAACAGUUUAGCGACAAAAAUUCUGAAGGAAUUUUAGAACUAACAAUGUUCUUUAACACGUUGUCCCGAUUUCUUCCUGCUAGGAGUAAUUACUUAUUCCUUUCUCGAUGCAAGCAUGUACAAGCAGCUCGUUAUAAACGAUCUAUUAAGGGCAAUAAACCACUUACUUAUGAGAUGGCUGGACCACCACACACUAUUGCUCACAUCAAGGGCUGGAAUUCAUGGAAUACGUGCAAUAUGUUGGAUGGCUUGAGACCAGCUGAGACUGCAAUAGAUGACGAGUUCAUUCGUCGUUUCAUAACUGGUACUUGGCAUGAUUUAAUUGCUAGUGAAAUAAUCAUAAAAAGACAACACAACAUAAUAAGAAUAGCUGCUAUAACAGUACAGAAAAUUAGUGUAACUAAAAUAUAUUUCUUAAUUGGUUACACGGAAGAACUUUUAAGCUAUUGGCUACAAUGUCCCAUUAAGUUAGAAUUACAGACUGUUGAAGACCGAACUGCAGUAGUGUUCAAGUACAUUUAGUCAUUUGGAAAUAAAUUAUUGUUGUGUUUAUUAGAAUUUUUAAAACAAUAUCAAUAGGUUUUAUGUAAUAAUAUUAAAUAUAU